AUGAAAACUGAAAAUCCAAUUUUGUCUAUCAGACCAAUGAAAGGAAGAAAAGCUCCACCAAGUCAUUACUCAUUCAAAAUCGAGUCCUUCUCAUUGCUUUCCAAGUCCUCAGUAGAAAAAUGUGUCUCGGAAGAGUUUGAAGCAGGAGGUCACAAAUGGAGCCUGUCCAUAUACCCAACUGGAAACUUAAAAGAAGAUGGGCACGAUCAUAUUUCUAUUUAUUUGGUGCUUAUGAAUACAUGUUGUUCACCUAUUGAUUGGGAGGUCAACGCCACUGUAAAUUUUUCUGUUUAUAAUUUUCUCAACGACGAGUAUGUUGCCACUCAAGAUGCAAUUGUAAGGCGUUUCCAUGUCCUGAAAACUGAGCGGGGUAUCCCAAAAUUCAUUGACCUUGACACAUUUAAAGACCCUUCAAAUGGAUAUCUCAUUGACGAUACCUGUGCGUUUGGAGUUGAGGUUUUCGUUGUCAAGACCAUGAAUAAAGGCGAUUGCUUAUCAAUGAUUCAUGGAUCUGUCAUUCAUUCAUUUAGUUGGAAAUUUAACAACUUUUCAAUCGCUAAUUUAGAAGAGUACGAGUCCGUAUCGUUUGUCGGUGGAGACUACAAAUGGAAGCUUAAUUUAUAUCCUAAUGGACACGCUGAGGGCAAGGGUAACAGUAUCUCAUUAUUUUUAGCUGUGGAGGUCUCGACUCUCCCUCCCGACACUAAACUACUUGUGGAUUACACUGUGCGCACAAAAGACCAAAUCAGUGGGCAACAUGUUCAACGAAAAUCCUGUCAAAAGUUCUCCAAUUCGAGUUCAGCAUGGGGGUCCAGACAGCUUGUGGCCUUGACAAAAUUUAAAGACCCAAAUAAUGGUUUCUUGGUGAAUGAUAGUUGCAUCCUUGAAGCUGAAUUUAAAGUUCUUGGCCUAAUUACGCCUGGAAUUAAUUAA